AUGCUGACUGCUUUGACCAAUGACCCGAGCAGCCAUGUGAAGGACACAACCGCAUGGACUCUCGGGAGGAUCUUCGAAUUCCUUCAUGGGUCGACCUCCGAGAACCCAGUCAUCACACCUGCCAACCUCCAGAAUAUCAUCACCGUCCUCCUCCAGAGCAUGAGGAAUGCUGCCCCAAACGUGGCCGAGAAGGCCUGCGGGGCCCUCUAUUUCCUGGCCCAGGGCUACGAGGAUGUGGUCCCACCCUCGCCACUGACUCCUUACUUCCAGGAGAUCAUCGGGUCCCUUCUUGACGCCACUCGCAGGGAGGAUGCUGGUGAGUCUCGGCUUCGGACUGCCGCCUAUGAAACGCUGAAUGAGGUCGUGAGGUCCUCCUCUGGGGACGAGACGGCCCGCCUGGUGCUGGAGCUCGUCCAAGUCAUCAUGGCCGAGCUUCACAAUACGUUUCAGUCGCAAACACUCUCUUCCGAUGAGAGGGAGAAGCAGAACGAGCUGCAGGGCCAGCUGUGCGGGUGCCUCCAGGUCAUCAUCCAGAAACUUGGGGCAUCCGAAUCGACCAAACACUCCCUGGUGCAGUAUGCAGACCAGAUUAUGAGUCUCUUCCUGCAGGUAUUUGCAUGCAGGAGUGCCACUGUACACGAGGAGGCCAUGCUUGCCAUUGGCGCUUUCGCCUACUUGAUGGGCCCUGCCUUUGAGAAGUAUGUGCCGGAUCUCUACAAGUAUCUGGAGAUGGGCCUGCAGAAUUUUGAGGAGUACGAGGUGUGUGCGGUCACUGUGGGCAUUGUGGGGGAUGUUUGCAGGGCAUUGGAGGACAAGAUCCUUCCUUACUGUGACGGGAUCAUGACCCUGCUUUUGAAGGAUCUGUCGAGCAAUGAGCUGCAUAGGUCCGUGAAGCCUCCCAUCUUCUCAUGCUUUGGGGAUAUAGCGCUCGCGAUAGGGGAGAAUUUCGAGAAGUAUCUGAUGUAUGCAAUGCCCAUGCUCCAGAGUGCAGCUGAAUUGUCUGCCCACACGUCAGGCAGCGAUGAUGAGAUGAUCGAGUAUACGAAUCUCCUCAGGAAUGGGAUUCUGGAGGCGUAUUCGGGUAUAUUUCAGGGUUUCAAGAACUCGCCGAAAUCCCAGCUCCUGAUGACGUAUGCGCCUCACAUUCUGCAGUUCUUGGACAGCAUGUACAGUGCGAAAGAUAUGGAUGAUGUAGUAAUGAAAACUGCUAUCGGUGUGCUUGGAGAUCUAGCAGAUACUCUGGGAAGCAAUGCUACUUCUCUUAUGCAGCAAUCUCAGUCGAGCAAAGACUUUUUGAACGAGUGCCUGAGUUCUGAAGAUCAUUUAAUUAAAGAAUCUGCCGAGUGGGCAAGGGUGGCUAUCGCUCGUGCCAUAUCUGUCUAA